AGUGUCAGAAGACCAUGCAAGAAUUUGCCCAUGACUGCACUGACAAGAGAAGAAGAUAAGCUGGUUCAUUUCCUAGCAUGGGCCUUGGAUGAUUCCUACCCUUCUUAUCUUUUAGCUCAGCAAGGAGGAAAGCAAGCAAGCAGAAAAAAGAAACACACCUCAUCUAAAACCCCAUCUAUGGCCUCUAUCGCCAUUUUUGCAUCCCUUCAAACUGCUUGCAGUUCUCACCAUGUCAUCAAGAAACAGCAACCUGCUGUGAGCCCCAGAGGCUCUUUCGGAGCUAAGCAGGCGACCCAUGUUGUUUCCAUGGAUGUUGAAGACCAGAAAACUCUCCUUGGAGGAAAAGAACAAGAAAAAACGGCUACUGGCAACAUUGGGCUGGAGGGCAUUGAGGGUGAAAGGAUGCAUGGAAUGGAGAAGAAAUCUUCUUCUGUUCCAAUGUUCAAAGACGAGAGAUGGAGAAAUGGGAGUUGGGAUCUGAACAUGUUUGUCAAAGAUGGGAAGAUGGAUUGGGAUGCUAUGAUUGUUGCAGAAGCAACAAGAAGAAAAUUUCUACAACUGUAUCCAGAGCCAGCAACAAACCAAGCUCCAGUUCUCUUUAGAAGCUCCAUCAUACCUUGGUGGGCAUGGUUGAGGAGGUUCCAUCUUCCUGAGGCCGAGCUUCUCAAUGGCCGAGCAGCGAUGUUGGGAUUUUUCAUGGCUUACUCCGUGGAUGGCUUAACAGGGCUUGGCGUGGUGGGCCAGACCAGCAAUUUCAUCUGCAAGGCAUUCCUUUUCGCAACAGUCACUGGUAUAAUCCUCUUCCGGCAAAACCAAGAUUUCAGCAACCUGAGAAAGCUAAUCGAGGAGGCUACAUUCUACGACAAGCAAUGGCAAUCUACAUGGCAAGAUCACAAAGCGAGCAACACUUUGAAACAAGAUCAAGAACCCAAAUAACUGACACUUAAAAUGAGAAGUUACCAAACGCCAAUCGACUUCCAUAGAGCUUCAAGUUUUCAGGUUAUACUUCAAGUCACCAGAUUCGACAUGGGUACAUCAGGGAUGGGGCUUUUACAUUUAUAUAUGGAAAAAAUGGAUGAAUGGGAUAUGUUUAUUGUGCCCAAUUUGGAAUAUUGGAGGCACAGAGAUGUCAAGUUAAAGGGCUUCGUAAGGGUAUCUGAUUCUAAGAUCUGUGUAACUUGUUAUUUGGCAUCUGUUUAGAAUGUUCUGGUGCAUGCUAUGUUUGACAUAUGAUAAGGGAUAAAAAGAAUAGAAAGAUUCCAAUAAUCCAAAAAAAUAUAGCACAAAACACGGCUGUUAAGUAUUUAACAGUCAGAUAAACUCGAUUGGAGUAGAGAAGACAACUACAGUUACUUUAGAGUCCGUUUGGAUGAAACUUCUGCAAAACCCCUUUUUUUCCGCUAAAGCAACAUUUUCAGUCAACUCCCUGAAACCAAUCUCAGUGGGUAAGCAUUUUAGUGCAUAGUUUGUCAAGUAGAGGAUAAAACUGAGAUUGCGAAAGUCAAUGCAAACACAUAAAGCACAACUCGAAAAGGGGCCUUUUUGCAUCUAAAAAGCCCUUAAGCACUAGUAAAUGAACAAUGAUAACAAGAAAAGUGUUUUUUUUUUAAAUCUUUGACUUCAGCCAUUCUUAGCUGUUAGCAGUUAGUUUGUAAGCCAUAAUUAGUGAACUAAUGUCUUGUCCAAUGUUACCUAGAUCACCAAUGCCCCUACUUUUUCCGUUCUGAAGCACAUGAUCCAGAUUAUGGGUUGUGUGCGAUCCGAAUCCCUAUCGUUAGCCGACCCAAAAUUAUGCUUCUAUGCUUAUACUUUUGAUGAAGUUGUAGUGCAAGUUUAGACUUAUAUCUUGAUUUAUUCAAUAACAUGCAUUUAUAUAACAGUGCACACUGGGUCUAUAAUAAUAUUUCAUAUAUAAAUUGCAAUAUUAAUCCAUGAGAAAUGCUCUCGUGUUCGCAUAGUGCUCCUAGAUUGGGACUGUUACAUGGUCAAAUCCAUUAUUCUAGACUGUUCAUUAGGUCCAGUGCACAUUUCAUGGGCUACCACGCAAGCAUCACACUGAUCUGAAUAAUAUUAACCAUUUGAUCAAUGGCCUUAAUGCAUGCAAAAAUAGCCCAAGUAAACUUUUGUUCCAUUUUUUUGUUAGGACACUCAUUGAUUGACUAUGAUUCUAAAGAAUCAUUUUCAUUAGACAAUUGUAGCCAUUGCUUCCGUAGCUUAGUAAGAGGAUGAUUAUAGAAAACAAAUCCAAAUCAAGGAUGGAGUAGAUCAUCCAAUCAGUGUGAUUUAGUCCAUGAAAUGUGUUCUCAACUUAAUGGACAGUUCAGAUUGAUUGAUUGGAGUGUCCAAGUGGAUCGAUGCAACUAGAAGCACUAUAGCUUAUAGUGCUCUGAGAGCACUGGAGCAUCUCUCUUAAUUCACAUAUAAAACUAUAUUGCAUGCACUUAGUGAAUGUAUUAGAGCAACCCACAUGAUCUACACACAGCGUACCACAUAUUGGAGAAACUUGCAUAAGGGAUACACAUUCCUGUAACAUGGACCAAAGCAACCUACAGUCCAGGUAACCUUGGUUUUGUCAUCCGCACCUAUCUUGUUGUCGCUCUGACACAACAAGGAAGCUGAAACUUCAUGUCAAUCUCCAACACCAUGUUGGUUUAGUCAGUUCUUGUACAUGCCAAAUGGUCCAUAAAACCUUCGAAAUGACUUUGUGGCUGAAACAGGCUUUCGACGACCAAUGCAACUCUGCAAUUGUUACUUCAAUGUUGAUUCUGGCGCAAGCACCAAAGCAUGAGAAAAUUUUGCAGAAAUCAAGAAAGCAGUAAUUUUCAAUGCUUUAACUUCUCACUAACUUGCAAGAUUUACAAUGUUUCAGCAACAUCCGAAAUAGCAAUAAAUUUUUUUGGGAGAGAUGAUGUCUUGAAAGAUGAUCUAGAAACUCUCAUUCUGACGACAAAUAUCACAUUUUUCAACUCUGUGCAGAUUCAUUUGUAAUUAUUCAAGCACAUUUGGAAAGAAAACAUUGAAUCCCAGAAUGAUAUCAUGAUUCUA